GGGAAGAUCACGCGAUAUAAAGUUAACCAUGUGUGGCAAACUUUCCCUCGUUUUGUUGUGUUCGGUUCUUGCUGCUUCAGUCGUGGAAGGCGACAUAAGAAGGUCGUGUGAUUGCCAAUGUAUUUACAAACCCGAAUGUGGUGUUGACGGGGUCACCUACGCCAACGAGUGUGUACGGAAUUGCUCAGGCGUAGCCAAGAGGAAUGACGGCCAGUGUGAUUGUUCUUGCACGAAAGAGUACGCUCCUGUUUGUGGCACGAAUGGUGUCACUUACCCAAACAAGUGUGCAUUGGAUUGCAAAGGCGUGGCCAAGAAGUAUGACGGAGCGUGCACAUGCACGUGCACGAAAGAGUACGCUCCUGUCUGUGGCAAGGAUGGUGUCACGUACCCAAACAAGUGUGUAAUGGCUUGCAAAAACGUUGAAGAAAAACACAAGGGCCCAUGCAGUAACUGAUGAUCUUUCAACGACAAAACAAUUCAACUAUUAACACAGUGCACCGUCUUUUGUGAUUUUCCAUAUUUCUUCUAUGAAUUACGUACUUUAGUUGAAUUCUUUAGUUUUAAAUUACAUGUUCAAAAUUUGGGGUGGCGAUUUAAGACCUUGUUUGUAUCAUUUAUAAUGGAAAAUAAAGCUAAA